UGACCGUUGGAGUCUUCUACACUGCUAUUUCCUUCUUCUCUCUUCUUACAGUCUUCUCACCAGUCUUUAAAACUCUAACCCUACACUACAUUUUGGCCGAGCAAAAGAGAACAAGAAGACAAACGAUCGCUGGAUGUUGCCCUCGAGGAAGAGAUCCCUCCCCGCCCAAAUCCUAGCCGAGGGUGGCGGCGACGCUACGGCUACGACAUCCGUCUAUGAGAAGUCUCGCAGCGAGAGGAUAAAGGAGAACAUGGAGAGGAUGAAGAAGCUCGGGAUCCUCGAUCUUUCUCUCAACCUCAAGUCCGAAUUCUGCCGCUCCUCAAGACUAAAGUCGGCUCGCAUUCCUAGGGCCGGGAAGCCUUCGGCUCCGCUGCCGAGGCGCUCUUCUAGGACAAGAAGCCCUUCGGCUCCGUCUCUAGCUCCAUCGCUGAGGCGCUCCUCUAGGUUACAGAAUGUAGCUCCGGUUUGCUAUAGUGAGAGUGAAGUGGAAAGAAAGAAGGAUCCUUUGGUUGAUGACCGAUCAGAUUGGAUCGAAGGACGUAGGGAAGAGGUUUAUACCGAGGAGCAUGAGAAGUUGCUCGGAAGUUGUGAAAUGAGUUGGACUCUCUUUGUGGAUGGUUAUGAUAAGAGUGGGAAGAGGAUCUAUGAUCAAGUGAAGGGGAAGACUUGCCACCAAUGCAGGCAGAAAACUCUUGGCCACCAUACAAGUUGUAUAAAGUGCAACUUGGUUCAAGGGCAGUUUUGUGGAGAUUGUUUGUAUAUGAGAUAUGGUGAGAAUGUUUUAGAAGUACUGAACAACCCCAGUUGGAUCUGUCCUGUUUGCCGGGGAAUCUGUAACUGCAGUUUCUGUAGAAUCAAGAAAGGUUGGGCGCCAACAGGCCCUCUCUACAAGAAAGUCCGAAAUCUUGAAUACAAAUCAGUAGCGCACUAUCUUAUUCUUACUAGACGGGAUAACUCAGAAAGCAACAAAUCCAUUGAGCCCAACUCUCCAACGAUGUCACAGAGCUCAAUCAAUGCAGACUUAGCCGGAAAACCUGAGACAUCUGCCAUGGAUGAAGAUGAGCUAGAACAGAGAGAUGACAACAGCAGUAAAAGCAUUGAAUCGAUUGAUGCGCUUUGUGAUAGCGAUGACCAAAUUGUUAUUAGCAAUGCUGGUGAACUGAAGGAGGCUACUGAAGUUCUGAAACCAGUGUUAUCUGCUGAAUCAUAGGCUUCGUUUCGUUUGGUACGGCUUUCUUGCUGCUUUUUAAAACAACUUUUUAGUAUAAAAAUUUUAAUUUUUUAUUAAAAAAAUACUUUAAAAAGCAAUAAAAAAACUGUUCCAAACGAAGUCAGAGUAUGUGGAGCUGGUGGACUGCUUUUUUAGUCAUUCUGCGUGCUUUUGUGAUAUGUCAUUGAAGCUUUUUGAAAGAGCAUUUUUUCACCAUGUAAAGUUUUGGUUAAGUUUCUCUUUGAAGCUUGAUGAGAGGACUUUGUGAAAAGAUGUAGGGGUUCUUUUGUUGAAGUAAAAUGCUCAAUGUGAACUAAUAUAUUUGAGUGUUUAUUUUAAGGCUCAACAAAGAAUUUUAUGUUGAA